AGCCCACGUCAGAAGACCUGUCGGUAUUGAAUGACGCGUUGUUAGCGGCAGCUCAGCUCAAUAAUACACUUUUCUGCAGAUUUCCUGUACACAUAUUUUGCACUGACGGCACGUUUCAGUCAAAAAUCAGGCUUGACCAACACUCACGACAUCAACUCACCUUAAAGAUGGUCUUCUUUUGUAACAUGGCGCGUAUCACGUACAUUACAUCUGUAUUUAGCAAGUCUUUGUUGUGGUCGUGCUGCUUUCUUUGAUUCUACCUUAGUUUUCAAACAAUAUACUUCCUGGUUACCGUCAUUCUUGCACCCGAUUGGCCAGCACUUCGGCCAAGCCUGCUACCAUUGAUUCAUUCCAACCACAUGACCAAAAGCAGCAGCGCUGCACUCGCAGCGCCAAAAUUCAAAAUACGUUUCAUUAAAAACAGCGGGUUUCUGUCAUGUAUUGUUUUAUGUAGCUCCUAAUACGAUUCCACUGACCACACGACAAGAGGGAAUCCAACCAGGAGACGCAGCCAUCGCAGUAAUAUGAAGAAUAUCUUCCGGCAUCCAUGGACAUUUUGUGCAGCUCACUGACCAUGAGGCGAAGCCCGAGGCGACCCCUGAUCCUCAAAAGAAGAAAGCUGCCCUUUCAGCAAAAUGACCCACCACCAAGAAGCCCCAAAGAGGCUGCAAAGUCACCCCCCUCUCGGCCCCUCCCUGACGGCAUUCGCAUCCUGGAUCAUCCUUCCCUGCCCAACACGCAGGUGGUGGUCAUACCCAAAACGGCCGACCUGCAGAGUGUCAUCGAGGCUCUCACUGUGAAGGGCAAAGAGCGUGGCGCCCAGGGCUGCAACAAGUUCAUUCUCCUGGGGGAGAGUGGCAGCCUGGACAGCGGUUCUCUUACCCAGGCUAAGACGGAGGAUGUCUUUACGGGGAUCCCAGCUGGACAGCAACAAAGUGGAGCCAGCUCUUUCACCGGAAUAAAGCAAUAUAAAAAGGAAGAGGACUGCGUCCCUUUUGACGACAGCCUUACGUGCAUGCAGUGGCUGGAAAGGAGCGGUGCCUUUCAAGCAGUACAUGACGCUCUUGAUGCCAGCAAAGAAAACCAAACAACUCUUCAGUCUUUGAAUGCACAUAGCGCCCCUCAGGUGCCCGAGUGUGAGAAGCCGCCCUUUUCCUACAUGACCAUGAUCCAGUUUGCCAUUAACAGCCGGAAGGACAGACGCAUGACGCUGAAAGAGAUCUACAAGUGGCUCCAGGAUCAUUUCCCCUUCUUCAGGGACGAGGCCAAGAACGGAUGGAAGAAUUCCGUCCGUCAUAACCUCUCCCUUCACAACAUGUUUCUACGCAAGCCCUCGCCAUAUCGCAACAUUUCCUUCUGGACCAUUCGGCCCGAAGCCAACCGAGGUCUCACCCUGGACCAGGUGUACAAGCCCGGCUGUGACCCGGUGCCCGCCCCUUAUGCCCCGCCCAUGCUUCCAUUCUCCCACCAGCAGCAAAUGCCAACAGUUGGCGGUGCCAGGAAAAGCCAGACCAUCUUGGAAAGGCGAAUGAAGCCUCUUCUCCCUCGAACUCCUUCCUGCCUGGCCCCCAUGCAGCUCCCGGUCAGCACCUCCUCCAUGGCUGCCCACACACCCCUGCGUCACAGCCUGCCUGAAGCUAAGAGGCCAAGAAAGGGUCCCAAGCAGGUGGCACCAAGCAACCAGCACAACACUCCACUUAGCAGCGUGUCCAGAGUGGAGGUGAAAGCAAAGCCGCUGGACCUUCCCGCCAAGCGCAAGAGUCCCAGAGCGCUGGCAAAGAGGCAAACAAAGGUGUCCAGACGGAAGCAGCGUCUGGUCCACUCCCUGCACGACGAGCCCGUCCUCGUUUACUCGGAACACUCGGACUUUGACUCUGGCGUUGCCACCUCGCCCACCUUCCUGGACUCGCAGGAGGAGCAUCGCAGCCCCGACCGGCUCUUCUCUAACAAGACCCCCAUUAAAACCAGCAGCAGCCGCCUCACCUCGUCCACGCCCAGCAAGCCUCACUCGGGUGUCCUGGCCGAGCCUUGGACGGUCACCCCCUUGGGGAAACAAGGCCGCAGCGUUCUGGACUUUAGCCCCAUCCGCACGCCGAGCGGCCCCGCAGUCACGCCCCUGCACGACUACACCACCUUCAGCCUGAGCGGCACACCCUUCAAGGACUGGCCCCUCCUCUGCUCCCCCGCCACCUCACCAAGCGCCAGCGCCACACCCUUCAACCGCUCGCUCACCGAGGGCCUGAUCCUGGACACUACGAACGACAGCCUGAGCAAGAUCCUGGUGGACUUCAGCUUUGCCCUGGAGGAUGACGAGCUGGCGCUGGCCAACAUCAGCCUGUCAGAGAUCAUCCCUCAGCUCAAGUAGCUCCAACCGCAAAGAUGCCAGCAAAGUUUUCAGGAAACACAAUUUAACAUUUACGUCUCCUUUAGACUUCUUCAAUUGGAGUUGAAAGGUUUCUUUUACUUUUGGGGAAGAACUGACACUUUUUAUUUGUUCAUUUGUCAUUGGAGGAGAUAAUAUGUAUGUUUAUAUGUUGAUUUGCACAUUCUUGUAUUUAAUUUUGCUGCUGAGAAAGCCAGCGAGAUGCCUCCACCGUUGAGUCCUGGAAUGGAACGUGCAGGUUUUGUAGAAAUAAGAUAUUUAAAACUGAGAAAAUGGGCAGAAAGGCACUACUACAUAUGAUAUACACACACAUACCACUGUAUUAGCAAUAAGGUUGUAUUAGUACAGUACUCAGCAAGCACAAAAUAAUCCCACCACUCCAAAGUGUUUAUCAUAGAAUAAAUGUGUUGGCGUCUGUGCCUUUGAAACACAAUUUAUAGGAUGUCGUGUUCCUUCCAUGUUGUUUACAAAGUAUUUUGUGACCAUGCACUUUGUUUUUUUUACCUUUUAUAGACACCGGAAUGUUAAAACAUGCUAGCUUUCUUUGUGGACUUUUAAAAAGAUUGCAGGUGCUCUUUUGUGCCCUCAGUAGGUCUUCACCUCCUGCUGAGCCACUUCUAGAAGGAUCUGAAGCUGCUUGCUGCAGUAAUCUGAGGAUGAGGAGGAGAAUUUGAUGUCAUAUAUUGGGUGUAUUACUAACUGUUUUUUUUUUUUUUACCCUGUGUUGGUGAAAAGUACUACACCACUCACUGAACAUCCGUCUCCAUCUGGGGGGCAAGUGGCGGCGGUGGACCACAGCGUAGUACACGGGGACCCCGGUCAGCGUGAGGGCGAAGCUGCGCCCCGUGUUCCAAGGGUCCGAGUACAGAGACAAGCCCACGAUGAAGAAGCAGACCACGGUGAAGGUGACCGCGAUGGCGAGAGGCACCUGGAACGGCAAAGAACGACAGGGGGAAGCGGUAUCGGUGGAUGAGCAUCCCCAACGUCGCCAAGGCGAUGAAGAACCAGCGAGCGAAGGAGGCAAAGCUGAGGAGAUGCUGGAUUUCUCCGUUGAUCAACAUCAGCGCCACCAAGGGAUACUGGAGGCACAUGCUCACACUUGGUCUUUUUUUUUUUUUUUUUUAAUCCCUCAACACUGAGAAGGCCAUGACCUUGAAUCCACGGACAAUGCCCCAAAGAUGCUCUGUUUCAACUGGCAUCAAAGAGCAGUAAGGAGGCAAUGAAACAUGACACCACCAUCCUGUUGGUGCAAGCACAGCAACUCAUCAAUCAGUGCAUUUGACGGCAAUUGGUUGCAGAGGGAGAGGGAGGCAAGGUAAGCAAACAAUGCCACCGAGUGGCCAGGAAUGUUUUCUUUUCAUUAUGUUGUGCACAUAGGUAAUAAAUAGUAACAGCCUGAGGCCUCCCCAGCGUUGAAUUAGAAUAACACAUUUAACAUUGUUGUUUGCUAAAUUUCUACCUGAGUUUUAGAAUGCUACAUUUUAUAUGAACUGAUAAGGAGGGAUCAUGUUAGACAUUUUUACUGUAAAAAAUGUACAUUUUCUCUACUUAUUUUAUUUGAUUGUUUUUGUAUUAUACUGUACUAUUAUAUACAGUAUUAUUGUACGAAGAUAUAUGUACCUGUAUAUAUGAGUGUGUGUUUAUCUCCAGCUAUGUCUGAAAUAUGCCAAUUCAUGAAAGAUAUCAGGAUUAUAUACGGUACUGUGCAAACGUUUUAGGCAGGUGUUGGAAAAAUGCUGUAAGCUAAGAAUACCUACAAGAAUAUAAAUAAUUGGUUAUUUUUAUGAAUUUACAAAAUGGAAAGUGAGCGAACCAAAGAAAAAUGUAAAUCACAUCAAUAUUUGGUGUCACUGGUCUUUGCCUUCAAACCAGCAUCGAUUCUUCUAGGUACACUCGCAAAAAGUCAGGGGUUUUGUAGGAUUGUAGUCAGGUGUAUGAUCGACCAGUUAUACCACACAGGUCCUAAUGAUCAAUACCACAGUCCUUAACUGAAACAGAAACGGUUGUGUAGGACGCUUAAAGCAGGGUGAGGAGCAGCCAAACUUUGCUACAAAGGAGACGUGGUGGAAGACUGUUUUAUGUCAAGAGGUCAUAGGUGAUGGCGAGACUGAGCACAGGUAUCAGCAAGGUCUCUCGCAGACAUUUAUUUCAAAGAAAACAGAUGUUUCAAGAUCGUAGACACAGUGGUCGGCCAAGGAAACCUAGUACAGCAGAUGAAAACACAUCGAGCUUAUUUCCCUUUUGAAAUUGGGAGAUGUUCAGUAGUGUCCACCUGGAAAGAACCAGUGGGACCCAGGUACACCCAUCUACUGUCUGGAGAAUUCUGGCCACAACUGGUCUUCAUGGACAAAUUGCAGCCAAAAACCCAUUCCUCCGACGUGGAAACAAGACCAAGCCACUCAACUAUGCCAUCUGGGAGGCCUAUGAUUGGCCACAAAUGCAUUUGGGCAAGGACAAUGGGCCUCAUUCACGAACAUCUUCUUAAAAGUCUUCUUAAGAAGUGUACUUAAGAAGGCGGGGGUUGGAAACUGCGCCACAUUCAGGACACGUUCUUAAGUAGGGAUAAUCGUUCGCACCGGUGUUCUUAGGUUGAUGAAUGCCAACUGCGAUGCCUGUGCAGGUGAGGCCUAAUUUGCAUAG